ACUUCUGACGAGCAUGAGGUGAAUGACGACGACAUGGAUGACCAGCGACAUGGGCAGGGAUAAAAUCGCUGUAGGGAAAGCAAUGAAGCAUGGCGUGCUGGUUCCUUCUCCCCCCGCUCCCAGCGGAGGCAGAGCGGCAGAGCAAGCCUGCCUCGCCCUCCUCGACGCCUCGACCUCCCUCCACCGCCUCCUCCAGACCACCGCCUUCCUCCUCAAAUCCGGCCUCCAGUCCAACCCCCUCGUCCUCACCAAGUUCGUCGCCGCCGCCUCCUCCCUCCACGCCCUCCACCUCGCUCACUCCCUCCUCUUCUCCCCGCACGUCUCCACCUCCCUCUACGACACCUUCCUCUUCAACACGCUCAUCCGCUCCCAUGCCCACUCCCACCUCCCUCUGGCUGCCGACAACCGCCGCGCCUUCUCGUACUUCUCCUCCAUGCUCCACGCCGGCUUGCUCCCGAACAAGUUCACCUUUCCUUUCCUCCUCAAGGCCUGCUCCCGUCUCCAUAACGCCGGGAAUGUCGGGUUCCAGGUCCACGCCUCCGCCAUCAAAUUUGGAUUUGGCGCUAAUCUUUUCGUCCAGAACUCUCUCAUUCACUUCUACUCUGCCGCAGCUGGUUCCCCUGAUUCAGCGCUCAAACUGUUCGACAGAAUGCCCCAAUCAAAUUCCGUCACUUGGAGCGCGAUGAUUGGCGGAUACGUUCGCUCUGGGUCCUCCGACAAGGCCGUGGCCCUCUUUCGCGAGAUGCAGAGCAGAGCCAUUCCGCCCGAUGAGGUCACUAUCAUCUUGUCGCUCGCCGCUUGCGCUGACUUGGGAGCUCUCGAGCUCGUCAGAUGGCUUUGGUCAUACGUCAACAGGAAAAACAUCCCAAAGGUUCUAUCUUUGUGCAAUGCAGUCCUUGACGCGCUUGCCAAGUGCGGGGACAUUGACGGUGCAAUGGCUCUCUUUGAACAAAUGCCUGUGAGGAGCAUUGUGUCGUGGACCACUGUGAUCGAUGGCCUUGCGAUGCACAGCCGUGGCGAAGAAGCAAUUAAGUUAUUCGAAUUGAUGAAAUGUGCCGGCAUCGUCCCUGAUAGUGUGGCAUUCAUCAGCAUUCUCACUGCUUGUGCUCACGCCGGCAUGGUCAAUGAGGGAUGCCACUAUUUCAGUUCCAUGACAGCCGAUUUCAGUAUUGAGCCACAGAUCGAGCACUAUGGUUGCAUGGUCGAUUUGUUCAGCCGAGUAGGGAUGCUUGAACGAGGAUUGGAUUUUGUCAAAAAGAUGCCGAUGGAGCCAAGCCCGAUGAUAUGGAGGAUGCUCAUAGGGGCUUGUCGUGUGCACGGUAGGCUAGAGCUCGGCGAGAGGAUCGCAAAGGACCUCCUUGACAAAGAUCCAAUGCACCAUUCGAAUUAUGUGGUUUUAUCAAAUUUCUAUGCCCUCAAACGACAAUGGGACAAGAAGUGGGAGACAAGAAGAGCCAUGAGUGAGCACGGGAUUAGGAAAGUGCCUGGUUGUAGUCUUGUGGAGUUGGAUGGUGAGAUUUAUGAGUUCAUUGCUGGAGAUGAGUCACAUUUACACUACAUGGGAGUGUAUGAGAUGUUGGAGGAGAUCAGUCUAAAGAUAAAGUUGGCAGGUUAUGUUCCUGUAAUGGAAGAGGUAUUGCUUGACAUCGAUGAAGAGGAUAAGGAGGAUGCAUUGCAUUGGCACAGCGAGAAGCUAGCGGUUGCGUUUGUUUUGUUGAAGACUCCUCCUCGAACACCUAUUAAGAUUGUGAAGAACUUGCGCGUUUGCGCUGACUGUCAUGCAGCUUUCAAAUGUAUCUCGAACGUCUAUGAUCGGGAGAUUGUCGUGAGGGAUACGAAUCGAUUUCAUCGUUUCAAAGGUGGUGCGUGCUCAUGCAAGGAUUUCUGGUGACAAUAGGCUUUUGGCUAAGCAUUUCUUCUAAAUUUGAGAGGCUUUUCAUGUUUAUGGAACAAGAUGGUGAAGCCAAUGUGCUACUUCACUUUUGGCUGGAUUUUUCAUAGUUUCACACUGGUUAAAGA